AAGAGACGAGAAACCCUCACUCACCGCAUCGUCCACUCAAAACCCUUUUUUUCCCUCUGCUUCGCAUCGCUUCUCUCGACUCUCCUCUCAUUCCCUCUCCUGUCCCAUUCCGUCCGCACGGCGAGGAGUUCCAUGGAAUCGGCGAGAUCCGAGAGGUCUCCCUCUUCAUCAGAUUACGGCGCCGGCCUUCGAACUCGAAGUCUCUCUCCUUACCAACCGCCGCCGGACUACGGAAGCGCCGCCGUCCAGGAUGCAUUGGAGCAGUUAGCAUCAACUGAUCUACUGGAACUUUGCAAUGAAGCAAAAGUGGAGCGUUGUCGAGCAACAAGGGACUUGAGCAGUUGUGGUCGCUAUGUGCAGCAUGUGCUCAACUCUUGUGGUCAUGCAUCUUUGUGUGAAGAAUGCAGUAAGAGAUGUGAUGCUUGCCCAAUUUGUAGAAAGUUGAUAACAAAUGCAAAUGAUGGAUCUCGACUUAGUCUUCGUCUCUACUAUAAGUGCAUCGAGGCCGGUCUUAUUUCAAAAGAACACGAUGAUAGAUCACAAGAGAGGGAAGUCAGUAGGGAAUAUGUGUUUGAUGAUAUUCAACGGUUAUAUUCUCUAUUUGACGUGGCACUAGGAAACAAUUUGGCUUCUUUGGUUUGUCAUUAUGUUACAGAUGUUUGUAUGAAUGAGAAUGCUGUAUCAAGUGACCCAGUCUUUGCUUUUCUUCUAGAUGAAGUGGUCGUGAAGGAUUGGUGCAAAUCAACAUUUAAACAUAUUGUGUUCAAUCUCCGUGACAUUUAUAGUCAGGGAUCUGAAGCAGUGAACAUGAUGCAGAAAUUUGCCUUACAUUUAAGUGGCCUUUCAAAUGUUCUUGAGGUCAUGGCAUUGUCACUUAGACAGACAUUUGCCGCUCAACUUACUGACUUGCAUCUUCUCUUGGAGAAUGUUGUGAAAACAAAGCAGCAUUUGGAGGUCAUGAUUUGGUGUGCUAGGCACCGAUUUCUUCGUGAUGUUCAAUCACGAUUUUCUGGCUCAGGCAAUUCUAAAGCAUGGAGUUUGGACGUCCUUGAAAGAAAGGAGGCUGCAAUCAAACGAUCAUGGCCUGAAUCUUCAAUUGCCUUAGUAGGUUCUGCCAGAAAACAUGAUAACACCCUUUUUAUUGAGGAUGCAUUAUCGAAUUUGGCAAUAGAAGAAAACUAUGUGCAGAAACAAGAAGAAUUGGAUAUUUCAUGCUUGCAAGAUGACAAUUCACCAGUAUUGUUCUUGUCUAAGAUAGAUAGAGCAAGUGGAAAUGGAUGCUAUCCUUUUCAGAAUCUACGAGCUGCUGCUGAUCUACUCUUUUUACGUGGGGCUUCAAAUAUGGUGCUCGCAAAACAAGCAAUAUUUCUUUAUUAUCUAUUUGAUCGGCACUGGACUAAGCCUGACACAGAAUGGAAGUGCAUAGUUGAUGAUUUUGCCUUAUUCUUUGGUAUUUCCAUGCACUCAGUGGUAGAGUCUAUGGUUUUCUAUCUUUUGGACAAUCAUACUCCCCAGGCUUUACAGGAAGCUGUACAUCUUCUCCCUGAGAUAGCUGGCCCACAAACACAUCCAAAGAUAGCUCAAGUUCUCUUAGAGCGUGGUUGCCCUGAUGUUGCAUUAUCUACUUUACGUUGCAGUGGGCGCGAUGGCUGCUAUAACAAUACAAAUCUGGAGAAGGAUUAUUUGCAGGAUGAUUUAGUUGGCGAGGCAGUAACAGUGGUUAGAGUUAGAAUUGAGUGUGGACUUCUCACAGAAGCCUUUAUGUGUCUGAGAAUGUACUAUUCCAAAGCUAAAGAGAUGAGCCUUAAGCAUGUACCAAAUCUAAGAUUUUCCAAUCCUUCGAACACUGAAUUUUGGGUCUACCUCAGUGAAGUUUUAGUAACUGAGAUAUGCCACCUCUGUAAUAGGAGGAACCUUAUUGACAGAAUGAUUGAGCUCCCUUGGAACUCUGAUGAAGAGAAGCAUCUCCACAAGUGUCUAUUUGAUUAUGCUUCUCAAGAUCCUUCAUCAACAUGUGGCAGUCUUCUAGUGGUUUUCUAUCUUCAGCGGCAUCGUUUCACAGAGGCAUAUCAAGUCAAUUGUGGUCUUGAGAAAAUUGAGCAAACAUUUUUGGAGUCUGCAAGUGAAGAAGUCGGUUCUAGAAUACGGUUGAUAUGCCAGUGGAGGGCAGGAUUGGUCGAUAAAAGUCUCAGUUUACUCCCUGAGGUAGAACGACAGAAAAUAUUGACUGGAGAUAUCACUGACCUAGGACAUUUUUCUUCAGAAGCUGUAAAAUUUCCUUUAGUAGCUGAUUUAUCCAAUGAAAAGCCAAAUCCAACUUCCCUAAUAAAUUCUUCUAUGCGGACCUCUGUUAUUCGUUCAAAGAAAUCUAAUCCACUGUCAGGAAGUCCUGUGCAUAAUGAUGACUCUGAAUCUGCAAGCAUGCUUCCAUCUGUUCUCCAACGGAAACUCCUUGCUUCAUUUGAAAGUACUUCUGCCGAUGCAAAUGCUGUAGGUACUGAUGGACUAUCAUCAUCGUUUCCUCUUACUGAUGGCAAUCCAUUUUCUAAUGGUGGAAAUCUUAGAAAUAUGAUGCAGAAAACUGAAUUUAGUCGUCAGUCUUUGAAGUUACACCACAGUUCUAAGGCUAAACCUGUUAAAGAUCUGAAUUCAAGUGCGACAAGAGUGCUUAAAAGUGAAUAUCAUUUUCACAGUGAAAGCUCUUUCGAUGUUCAACCUGUUGACUUUCCUGGCCAAGCGGCAAAUAUGGAACCCUCGCUUGGAGUCACUUUAGCAGACCACAACCGCAAUGGCUUCCCUAAUGGGUCUGUUCAAGAUCUAAUUGAGAGCUCAGGAAAUUUCAACAUACCGAAUGGACCAUUGAUAAAUUUGGAGAAAGUCCAUGAGUAUCCAUUGGAGUUUCGAAAGGGGGAGACGCCUGAAGACAACAGCUUCACUGUCGGGGGAAGGUGGAGGUCUGAUGAAUCUAGUGAAGAUGAAGAGGACAUUGAGCUGGCCAAAUAUACUAUCGGUAGUGCUUCCUCUACACGCAGGAGACGACCCAGACUUUCAAGAAGAUGAUGUUCAACUGUUCGUGCGAACCUUCAAAGUGGUAUCUACAUGGAGACAACAUUCUCACUGUGGAUCAAUCAAUUGCAGAAAGCCCUUCUGGAAGCUAAGAAUUGGCCCUUAAAUCAUUUGACGUCCCACAACUGCAAAGAGAUUCCAUUGCUGUUGAGGUUGUGCUUGUUUUCUUAACAUGAGUUCUCUGCAAUGCGAUGCCUGUAAAGUUCUGCGAAGCGAUUAUGUAUCAUUUUUCCCCUCAUCAUCAAGUCAAAGAAAAUAUGAUAUCGCAGGUUGAUCGAAGCCAUCUUCGUGGUAUUUUGUGCAUCCGUUGGCCUGUGAAAAUAUCAAUAGCCUUCCAAAAGCAAGUGAUGCCACUGAAUUUGAAUUAUUUUGGUUCUAGUUGAGUUGUCGAGAGUUGAAAGCGUUUGCAAAUGGCUAGCCUCUUGUAUAACUUUUGUUUUUCUAAGUCUUUCCUCUUUUAGCGGCUUCUUUCAUAAAUUUAUAUAUUUUUAAGGGAAUGUUUUCUGAGUUUUUAUUGUCUCCUA